AUGGGCGCUCUCAUGGACCAGUUCCCUGCCAUCUAUGAGAAGGCGAUCCAAAAGUACCGCGAAAUCACAGAGGAGACUCUCGAGGUCGACUUCCUCUCCAAGAUUCGCAAUGUUGAGGAUCUCAUGAAAGAAAUCGAUGAGAGGAAUAGGGCCUUUCGCGAGUUCCGUGAAAAGCGAGGUGUUAUGUUCGAUGCUCUCGAGUCAGCCAUGAUCCCCGUGCAACUGUUCGGCAUCCUCGCGGCUGGGGGCGCUUCGAUGAUCAUUCCCCCAGCAGGGGUAUCGGCCUCGUAUGAGGCGAUUCAGGAUCUGAUGCAGAUGCUGCAGGACUACACGAUCCGGCUAAGAGCAUAUACACAAGAAGCCAUCUCCGAAGCCCUGAGCGACAAACUCAGCGAUAUCAUCGUUACGCUUAUUGAGAUCUUUGCGCUGUCAUCGAAGACCAUCCGGCGUGGCCGACUACUUAAGUUCACACGGAAUUUCUUCCUCGGUAACGACGACGCCAUCCUAGCGGCGAUGGAGAGGCUUGACAAGCUCACCCGGGUUGAAGCUAACUUAGUUGGAGCUGAGACCUUGACUGAGUCGAAGAGAACUGGCCGUGUAGUUGAUGGUAUUUCUGUGUCCGUUAACACCAUCAGCGCGACUGUCCUGGAGACCGGGAUGACAGUGAACCAGAUGGGCGCGCAGGUACAGGAAGUGCAAGAGCUGCUAGGGAAGCUGAUCGUUUCCGGGAAUGAGCAAAAGCAGGGGGCCGCUGUGGAUCAAGAGGCCCUGCAGGGACUCGUCAACCGGGUCCUCAGGCCAUCCAUGAUCGAUUCAGCCCGGGAAUGGUUCGACAAGAUCCACAAGGCCCAUGUACCGGGCACAGGAGACUGGGUCCGCAGGGAAGAUGUUUUCCAAUCCUGGAUUAAUAAGGAAACACCGAUCAUGUUUGUGUCUGGGAAUCCGGGUGCGGGGAAGUCAUUUCUAGCGACAAAUAUGAUCAGUUUCCUUCGUGAGCAGUUUCCUUCAGGCUCUCAGAGUAGGUCGCUGGUUUCUAUCGGAUACUUCUUCUUCAAAGGGGACAAUCCCCAGACAAGGUCCGUUCAUCAGGCUUUGCGAGACCUGGCCUUUCAGAUCUGCAAGAGUGACCCAGUAUACCUGAAGUAUCUCGGGACCAUCGAGGAAUAUGAACGGAUCAGCACCCUCGAGAGUGCGUGGCAUCUCCUAUUCGUUGAAUAUUUUCUUAGCAAGCCCAAUAUUGACAGCAAGAGCACCGCAUAUAUCCUGCUGGAUGCAUUGGAUGAAAACCCGGAUGAAGAGCGGAGGAUCUUCCUCGGCCUGGCAAGGGACUUGUAUAGCAAUAAGUCGCGCUUGCAGCUAGCCAUUGUUGGCCGACCUUAUAUUAGUGACCAACUGCUCGAAGGCCUGGAGGUUAAGGUCCCAACCCUUCAUGUCACCAAGCAGAAGAAUUCGGGCGAUAUCUGCGAGUAUAUCCACGCCAGCAUCAAAAAGUCUCCGGUUCUGCGAAGGGUGUCGGCUAACUUGCGGGAUGAGAUCAUUGAUAGGCUAACAGUUGGGGCGGAAGGCAUGUUCCUUUGGGUAAAUCUUAUACUGCAGGAGUUAGUUAAGAAGCGGAAUGAGACUAGUAUGCGGAAAGCGCUGAAGCAGGCUCCCCGGGGCCUGAAGCAGAUGCUCCAACACGUGCUAGCCAGUCUCUCUGAAAGCUCCGAUGAGGAGGAGCUCGAGUAUCUCAAUGAAUCGUUGCUCUGGGUCACCUACGCGGAUCAGCCAUGGAGCCUGGCAGACAUAGAGGCGAUCCUCAGACUGAAAUCACCUGAAGGGGAUGGCAUGAUUGACCUUGAAGGGGCCCUACGGCGCCAGUGGGCGUCAUUCUUCACCUUACACCGAGAAGAUGGGCUGACGACGGCCGAGCUAGAGAAUGGACCACUCAACCUAAACGCGCUCGACUGGUCCGCCGACGAGGAGACACAAGGUGCCGAUGCUGUGACUUCUGGGGACAUGGAUUUCUUCAUGCACUUCAGCUCAAAAAAGGAUACAACUACCGUCACCUUCUGCCAUGCAUCCAUUGGCGACUUCUUCCGGGAGGAGUCGGAGGGCAAGGUGUCGGCUAAGGAGGGCCACAUUGCCGUUGGGGUGAAUUGCCAUGAAGCCAAAGUUCAUAUCCUAAAGACUUACUUAAGACUGAUUACCGAUCCUGAAUUUGCGACAAAGGCCAAUGACUCGGGGCACCUGCUUCGAUAUGCUGCGCGGAACUGGGGCCAUCACCUGCUCACCAUUUCCCCGUCCGAGUGCUCAUUGGAGGAUAAAAGAGAGAUCGCGAAGAAGCUGUUGACAGCAUUUCGGUCGGAAGAAUCAAUGUCGAACUGGCUUGGGGAAAACAAUUGGGCUCUUCCUACGGCUACUAUCAAUGCUGUCCGACAGUGGUGGCGAGAGCAAGAUGUCCUCGAGUUUCUAUCCCCGGAAGAGAAGGAGUUUAUUUCGACGACAGAGGACGAGCCAGUCAACUCAUUUAAACCAAUGGCAAUGUUCUGCAUCAAGAGAUGGCUGUGGGAAGACCUGCCUAAUCCCGUUCCCAUGGCCUCUAUUGUAUGGCGCUAUCAGAUGCUAAUCAAGGGCGAGGAGUUCCACGAUCACGACAGAGACAUGACGGCGGAAGAGGUAGUUGAGGCUGCUGAAUUUGGUGGCUUUGAAAAGACCAGUCAGUGGUUUCGACAAUGUGCGGUCGCUCUGCGCCAAGCAGGGUACCCUGAUGAUGCCCUCCAGUAUUGCAAAAAGGCGAUGGAACUCGAUCCGGAUGAUUGGCGGACACUGCGUGAGAUAGCAGAGACAUACCAGGAGCAAGAUGACUGGCAGAAAUCUAUUGAGCUCUGGGAAAGGACUCGACUAAGUUUGUCGAAGAUGAUUGCGGAGUCGCCAGAGGACAGGUCAUUAAACGCACAUCUCCAUAAGUGCCUGGAACGUAUGGGUGAGAUCUAUGGGGAUCUGGGGGAUGGGGAGAAACGGUUCGAGGCGUUUCAAGAGGCAUAUCGGUACGCGCCCUCUUGCUGGACAUGUAUCUACGCGCUUCUGCAACACUACAACGACAACCACGCUCACGAAGCGACCAUGGACUUGCUGAAGAAGUUAGCCGAUACUCCAGCACCUGAAGGAGAUUUCUCAGAGUUGACUCGAUUCCUACUGAUCAACGUGUUUGAUGUAGACGUCAAGUCAAGGCUCGCUGCCGAUGCCGCAUUGGCUACCAAUGACCUUGACUUCGUGUUGGAGAGCUUGCAAACGGCGGCCCGGGCGGCUCGAAAGGGGUCGAGGACGUUGAUUGCCGCGGAGGUGGAUAUGGCCGUCGCUCGAAUCUAUAACGAGGUUCUUCGGGACCAAGGAAAGGCAAUCAGAUGUUGGGAGAAAAUCAUGGAUACAUAUUCCUCCUCCUCCUCCGGCGGCACAUUGAUCGGGACUAUCAGACAGCUCGCCUCCUCUAACCUGGCUCAGGAGUUUCUCUAUAACGCACUCGAGGCCGGAGUUGGGACUCCAGAGGCGGAAGAAUCUGUGGCCAAACUUGAGAAGCUCGCGCAGCAAAGCCAGUCCUUCCUCUCUGGGAGUGUCGCCUUCGCGCCAGCUAUCUACUCGGGCCUCUACUGCCGCCUCGGAGGGCAAGAGGAGCGGGCGCGGGCUCUCUUCCGACCUUGCGUGCAACGGAGCACUCGAAGCCUCAGCGAUGACUACGGCGCGGACGACGAGUCGAACCUUUCUGACCUGCAAUAUACUCUGAUGAGGGCGGGCGACUUGAAAAAUGCAGUUGCAAUCGCCCACAGGUUGGAACAGAACAACAGCGACCCCUGGUAUAUAUGUUGCGGCUCAUGCCAUCGGAGAGCGCCUACGCGGGAUGGGUUUUCCAUGUGCCCCAUUUGCUUGGAGAAGGGGAAGUUUUGUCCGGACUGCGUUAAACUGGUGGAGGGGGAGGACGCGAUGCCCAUGAAGAGAUGUAAUUCGAAGCAUGUCAAGUACUUUAUCGUCAUUCCCCCGCGAUUGAAAGAGAUCCGCAGCGGCAAGAUGCUGGUCGAUGGUGAGGAAAUGGACUUCGAGACAUGGCGGAUUCAGCUGAAGAAGGAAUGGGGUCUUGAUGCUUACACUUCUUCAGAUUCUACUACAUGCUCCCUCGAUUUCGGCAACUUUCUACUCGGCCUUGCGGCGUAG